CGUGCUCCAGGGAGGCGUCGUGCGCGCGAGAGAAGAGCGGCGGCUUGGUUGAAGCGAGACCCAGCGCACCUACGGGCUUUCCUAUGCAUCGGCGGCGGUAGCGGCGUCUCCCGCUCUUCCUCUCUGCUGAGACGUCAACAUGGGCAGCAGCUGACGGAGCUGGUGCCCCUAUUCUGCGCUCACGGCUGGCAGCCGCCUCCCUCCAGCGCUCCCGAGGCUGGCCGGUCGCGAAACUUGGCUGCUGCCGCUGCCGAAGAAAAAAGUUUGGACCGCCGCUGGCCGGGCACGGGAAACGCGGGCUGGCACCGCCGCCGGCCCGGAGUGUGGCUGUGGCGGCUGCUAGGCAAAGGUGUGGCUGGGCCGCCCCGCUGCUGCCCCGUGGCCGGCGAGGCCCCGCAGGGGGCGCUGAGCCAUGCCGGCAGGCAGCCUGUUGCCGCUCUUCAACAGCCCCGCCGGGCCUGGCGUUUCAGGCGCCUCUUUAAGCGGGGGCACCCUGGUCGGUGCGGGGGUGCGGAAGGUGUCCGGCCCCAGCGGAGCCUUCCGGCUGACGGAGAAGUUCGUGCUGCUGCUGGUCUUUAGCGCCUUUAUCACGCUCUGUUUCGGGGCCAUCUUCUUCCUGCCGGAUUCCUCCAAGCUGCUCACCGGUGUUUUAUUCCACUCCAACAGCCUCCAGCAACAGCCUCCGCCGCCUGCCGGGGGGGAAGUGCGGGCGCCGCAGCCGCCCAUAGCGGGCAGCAGCAGCAGCAGCUAUGGAGGUGCUGCUGAAGGGGAGGCGGCGGAGAACUUGGCCAGGAUCCGCGAGGACCACGAGCGGGCUCUGCGGGAGGCCAAGGAGACCCUCCAGAAGCUGCCCGACGAGAUCCGCAGGGACAUAAACCAGGACAAAAGCAACUUUCUCCAGAACAGACCGGGCAGGAGGGAGGCGGGGGCUGCUGAGUUGCCUGACCUGCCUUUCCGCAAGCCCGUCGGAGCCGCGGGAAAGGAACCAGCAGACCCGCUAGUACGGCAGCAACGAGCGAAGAUCAAAGAGAUGAUGAAACAUGCCUGGGAUAAUUAUAAACGUUACGCAUGGGGAUUAAAUGAACUGAAACCCAUAUCAAAACAAGGACAUUCAAGCAAUUUAUUUGGUAAUAUUCAAGGAGCAACAAUUGUAGAUGCUUUGGAUACACUAUAUAUCAUGGAGAUGAAAGAUGAAUUUAAAGAAGCCAAAGAAUGGGUGGAGAAAAAUCUAGAUUUCAAUGUUAAUGCAGAAGUCUCUGUUUUUGAAGUAAACAUCCGUUUUGUUGGUGGGCUGCUCUCAGCAUACUGUCUUUCAGGAGAAGAGGUAUUUCGAAAGAAAGCAGUGGAACUAGGAAAGAAGUUGCUUCCAGCCUUUAAUACUCCUACAGGAAUUCCUUGGGCAUUGUUAAAUAUCAAGAGUGGCAUUGGUCGAAACUGGCCCUGGGCUUCAGGAGGAAGCAGCAUUUUGGCAGAAUUUGGAACUCUGCAUUUGGAGUUCAUGCAUCUAAGCCACUUAUCUGGAAAUCCAGUAUUUGCUGAAAAGGUGAUGAACAUUCGGAAAGUUUUAAGUCAGCUGGAUAAGCCAGAAGGCCUUUAUCCAAACUACUUAAAUCCUAGUAGUGGCCAGUGGGGACAACAUCAUGUCUCAGUUGGAGGGCUUGGAGACAGUUUCUAUGAAUAUUUGCUUAAGGCAUGGCUGAUGUCAGAUAAGACUGAUGAAGAAGGCAAGCAAAUGUAUUAUGAUGCUGUUAAGUCCAUAGAGACCCAUUUGAUCCGGAAAUCCAGCACUGGUUUGAUGUACAUUGCUGAGUGGAAAGGUGGCCUACUUGAACACAAAAUGGGCCACCUGACUUGUUUCGCAGGAGGGAUGUUUGUUCUGGGUGCCGACGGUGCUCCUGCUGAUAAAAUUGAACGCCACAUUGAACUUGGUGCUGAAAUUGCCCGCACAUGUCAUGAGUCUUAUGAUCGCACAAGCAUGAAGCUUGGACCAGAAGCUUUUAGAUUUGAUGGCGGAGUUGAGGCAAUUGCUACGAGGCAGAAUGAGAAAUACUACAUCUUGCGACCUGAAGUUAUAGAAACCUACAUGUAUAUGUGGAGAUUCACCCAUGACCCAAAAUAUCGGCAAUGGGGUUGGGAAGCUGUAGAGGCAUUGGAAAAAUAUUGCAGAGUAGAUGGUGGCUAUAGUGGUGUCAGAGAUGUUUACAGCACCCAUCAAAGCCAUGAUGAUGUGCAGCAGAGUUUCUUCCUUUCAGAAACACUCAAGUACUUAUACUUGUUAUUCUCUGAAGAUGAUCUCCUUCCAUUUGAACACUGGGUCUUUAACACUGAAGCACACCCUUUGCCAGUUAUCUCCAGGGAAGAAGAAGAAAAAGGAAAAAAAUAAAUAAAAUAAUCAUGACUGGGGCCAUGUUAUAGAUUUAUUAAAAUCUGGGUAACUUUUUAAGUUCUGAAUCAGUUUUUUGCAGUCUGAUGUUUACCCAUAUACUUUUUAUCAGGGGACCUAAAUACCCAUUAGUUAUAAUUAAUCUUAUUUAUGUUCUGUUGGAAGGGUUAAGUGAUUUGUCAUCUCUGUAUUUUGUUAGGCUGCAGUGUGCAUCAGGCCAAAUAGAAUAGAGAGGUUAGCAUGUUACUUCUUUCCAGAUUUAUUUUUGACUGCAAAAUUCUUUCCUCCUCUGUGAGGAGAUGUCUGCUUUAAGCUGUAAUACUUUGCUGUGUUGCAAAAAGCCAUAAAGAAAUGAAGUAUGAAGAGCUUUUUUCUUUUAUUCUUUUUUUUUAAUGUGGUUUGUCUGAUCACUAGAGACAAAUCUCCUAACUGUGACAGCUUCUUCUUAUGCGGGUCUAUUGUUAAUUGGUAAUUCGAAUACUUAAGAAGGUGUACUGUUCAGGAAAACUUCAGAAGAAAUAUUUUCAACUCAUCUGCAGUCACUAUUGUAUUAAACUGCAGCUUGUAUUGAAA